AUGGGGUCAGAUGGUCGCAACACAGUAAUAAUUUUGUUUAAUGAAAAGACCCCAAAACUCCGUGAAAGCCUUUAUUAUUCUGCUUCUUCGUUCUUGGAUGACUUGAUAGUCCCAAACUCUAGUACCUCCGAUACUAACACUGCCAUCUACCUUGGAUUUAGAGAAUUUUCCUUAUACACUAUAACCACAAUUAAAAACAUGCCAAACGCAUGGAAGAAGACCGAUGAUAUCAAAUUUUUUUCUGGGAAUCCACUAAAUGAACAGACGGAAGGGAUAGUUCAUAUAUUCACAAAGUUAUUUCUUUUCCUUGCACGACCUUUCUUUAGGUCUCCCAAAGCAUCUUCAAAGAAGGGGCAAUCUUCUGAGAUGCUUUGUAUAUUGGGUAUCCCGUGUAGCAUUACUGCAAAGGAUAUUCUGUAUUUUAUUGCUCCUAUGAGUAAAGGCAUUACAGAGUUAAAAAUUGUCAAAUGUCAUCUCAUUGGGCAUUAUAUGGCUCUUCUCAAAUUUAAAUCCACUGUGGACGCUGAUGAAUUUUAUGCUACAUUUAACGGCAGCUCUUACAACAGCCUUGAACCCGAUAUCUGUCAAAUGGCCUAUGUAUCACACGUUGAAGCCAUAACUACGACUUCAAAUGGUUCCUGUGGUGCCUCUUUUCCCUUAAAAGGUCUGGUUGAAUUGCCUUCGUGCCCUGUAUGUCUCGAGAAGUUGGAUGAGCCAGUCGCUGGCAUCCUUACAACAAUUCUGUGCAAUCAUUCCUUUCACGAUCAAUGCAUAUCCAAAACCACGGAUACUGUACCGGAUGGUCAUAUUUUGUCUUUGUUGUUUGGUAGGUGUCCAGUAUGCCGAUACGUACAAUCACCAGAAAUGGAGGAGGACAGUCAGUGUGCUGAUUGCGACCUAAGAGACAACCUAUGGAUAUGCCUUAUUUGCGGUAAUCUCGGUUGUGGUCGCUAUGGUCAUAAACAUGCUUACCGUCAUUUCGAAAAAACCGGCCACACAUUUGCUUUGGAACUGGGUAAGAAUAUGGUUUGGGACUACGCAGACGAUGCCUACGUUCAUCGAAUUGCUGUCAAUCAUGAGGAUGGCAAAUUGGUCCAGGUGGGCGAGGGAGGUGAGACAGGUGACAAGAAAGCGGAUGGCUUGUGUAUGGAAUUCAGUGCAGUUCUAGUCAGCCAGCUGGAGUCUCAGCGACAAUACUUUGAGUCUCAGUUGGAAGUUAUAACCAGCGAGUCAGCAGCGCGUAUUUGCGCCAUCGAGAAUGAUCUCCAGAGUUCUAAGACCUGUAUUGCCGAGAUGGAGACAAAGUUGGCGGCUGUAAUGAAGGAAAAGAAUCUCAUUGCACAUAAACUCGCGCAGUUCUUAGGGGUGAAAUCAUUUUCUCAUUCACAUGUUUACUUAGUUUUGGCUGUGAAAAAAAAUCCGGAGGCUGGAAGAAGACCCUUAAAAAAGUAUUUAAGUGCAUUCAAAGACGCAAAAGACGAUGAUCAAAUAAGGACUGCUAUCACAAAGUUGAUUUGUGUAAAUCCCCAACUCCAAUUACCAGAAUACUUGUCAUAG